AUGUCUUCCAGAGAGAAUCUAACUCUCGAGCUCAAAAUCAUAUGUGCUACUGACGUCAGCCAUACAAAUGCCACGAACAAGAUGGACGUAUACGCCGUCGUUUCAAUACACGGCGAUAACAAUUCUCAAACACAAGCGGCCAAGAAAACUACAAUUGACUUCGACGGUGGUUCUAACCCGACGUGGAAUCACCCCGUUAAGUUUUCCGUUACGGAGAGAGAAGCCCGCGAAGGACUAGUGACAGUCAACGUCAAGUUAUACAACUAUUGGCUCGAAGAGGUUGUUGACUUGGAAAUCGGAGAAGUCAACGUCUCGGUUCAAGAGCUUCUUGCUUUAAAUCCGAUUACAUCGUUCACAAACGGUAACGACGAUAAAAUGAAGUUGAUGACUCUCCCUGUGAAUGUCAUAGGAGGAUCCAAAGCGAAGCUAAGCCUCUUGUACCGGUUUAAACGUGGACUUGCUGGUAAUAUGUAUCAUUCUUUCUCGGAACACGCAUCAUCAUCAUCGUUUCGUAGUCUAAACUUGGACUCAGAAAGAAGCGUAAACCCGCCUCAGAUUCAAACCCCUAUGAAGAAGCUAACCCUAGAUCUUGUGAUCAAAAUGACAAAGGGCGUAAAAGAUAACAGCUGGAUCCGUGGGAUGGACAUGUACGCUUCGGUUAAGGUCUGCGAAGGCGCAAGAAUUGUGCAUAGAAGCAAUACUCCUAUUGCCUUUGGGGUCCAUAAAGACCCAAUAUGGGACCAUGCCAUUAAGUUUACACUCGACGAGCCAUUAGCUCGUGAAGGUAGAUUGACCCUUUACGUGCAACUGAUUAACCACCGGACGAUCCGCGGAGAUAAGGAAAUGGGAGAAGUGAAAGUCCCCAUUCAUGAGCUUUUAGGUUUAAAUCCGCCGUCUACGUUAACUAACGAUAUGAAGUUGGUAACUCGUGAUGUUAGUCAUGUGAGAGAUAAGUCUAGGAAAACUGGAACACUGAGCUUCAUGUAUAAGUUUCUAAAUGAGCAAGCUACGUUUCCUCCGGCUAAAUCUCAACCUACAACUCCUCCGGCUCCAUCUCAACCUACAAUUCCUCCGGCUGCACCAACCGCAAUGCCCCAACAGUUGUUUGUUUUCUACGCAGCCACGGUAGUCACAGGAGACAAUGGGCAAAACCAACAGUGA